UCUCCCGGUCCUUACGGCAGACGCCACUUCCCGUUGUAUAAAUAUGCGCUGUGCGCAUGCUCCUUCCUUUCCGGCUCCGAUCUCAUAGCAAGCUGCAGAGAUGUUGAUGCCCAAGAAGAACCGCAUUGCCAUCUACGAGCUCCUCUUCAAGGAGGGCGUUAUGGUGGCCAAGAAGGACGUGCACUUGGCCAAGCACCCCGAGCUGGCUGACAAGAACGUGCCCAACCUCCACGUCAUGAAGGCCAUGCAGUCGCUGAAAUCCUGCGGGUAUGUGAAGGAGCAGUUUGCCUGGCGCCACUUCUACUGGUACCUGACCAAUGAGGGGAUCCAGUACCUGAGGGACUUCCUGCACCUGCCACCCGAAAUUGUUCCUGCCACCCUGCGCCGCCAGACGCGCCCUGAGACCGCCAGGCCGCGCCCCAAAGGUCUGGAAGGGGAGAGGCCCGCUCGCCUGGCCCGUGGGGAGGCUGACAGGGACACGUACAGGCGCUCGGCAGCACCCCCUGGUGCUGACAAGAAGGCAGAGGCUGGUGCUGGAGCAGCUACAGAAUUCCAGUUUAGAGGUGGAUUCGGCCGUGGACGAGGACAGGCCCCUCAGUAAUUGCGCACUCAUUUUCUGUACAAUAAAGUUUUGAAAAACUCA